ACAGACAGACAGGGACGGAGACACGAAGACCUGCAUCACAGAGAUCUGACUAUUUUGGGGCGGAGGAUAUUUUACACCACAGAUUACAAGUUUAAAAGAGAUUUGGAACACAGUUUGUGGAUAUUUUUUUUAAACUGUUGUAUUUUGGAUUUUCUUUUUCCUCCAUCUGCCUGUUUGUGUGUUUGGGUGCACGUGUGUUAGGAGAGACACAGGAGCAGGAUGAUUGCAGCCCAGUUGUUAGCUUAUUUCUUCACCGAACUCAAGGAUGACCAUCUUAAAAAGAUUGAUAAGUACCUGUACUCUAUGCGUUUCUCUGAUGAGACGUUGCUGGACAUCAUGCAGAGGUUUCAAAUGGAGCUGGUCAGUGGACUGGGUCAGGACACAAACCCCACUGCUGCACUGAAGAUGUUACCAACGUUUGUGCGCUCAAUCCCUGAUGGCUCUGAAAAGGGAGACUUCAUUGCACUGGAUUUGGGUGGCAGCCACUUUAGAAUUCUCCGCGUGAAAGUGAGCCAUCAGAAGAAACAGACUGUUGAGAUGGAGAGUCACAUAUAUGAAACCCCCGAGGAUAUAAUACAUGGCACUGGAGCAAGACUUUUUGAUCAUGUGGCAGAGUGUUUGGGUGACUUCAUGGAAAAACACAACAUCAAAGACAAGAAACUACCAGUUGGAUUUACGUUCUCCUUCCCCUGCCAGCAGUCUAAACUCAAUGAGGGCUACCUGUUAACAUGGACCAAACAUUUUAAAGCUAGUGGAGUGGAGGGGAUGGACGUUGUAUCGCUGCUGAACAAAGCCAUUAAGAAACGAGGAGACUACGAAGCUGAUAUUAUGGCAGUUGUAAACGAUACCGUGGGGACGAUGAUGACUUGUGGUUUUGAUGACCAACGUUGUGAAGUCGGCAUUAUCAUUGGUACAGGUACUAAUGCGUGCUACAUGGAAGAGCUGCGUCACAUUGACCUGGUGGAAGGAGAUGAGGGCAGGAUGUGUGUGAACACUGAGUGGGGAGCCUUCGGCGAUGAUGGCAGACUGGAAGAUAUCAGGACAGAGUUUGACAGAGAGCUGGACCGUGGCUCUCUCAACUCCGGCAAACGACUGUUUGAGAAGAUGAUCAGUGGUAUGUACUUGGGUGAGUUAGUUCGACUCAUUCUUGUAAGGAUGGCCAGAGAAGGCAUGCUGUUUGAAGGGAGGCUCACCCCUGAACUGCUGACCACAGGGACGUUUGAUACAAAACAUGUCUCUGCUAUAGAGAAGAGUAAAGAGGGGUUGACCAGAGCCAAAGAGAUCUUAUCCAAACUUCACGUGGAGCCUUCUGCUGAUGACUGCAUCGCUGUGCAGCAUAUUUGUUCUAUUGUGUCCCACCGCUCCGCCAACCUAGUAGCUGCUGCUUUGGGUGGCAUCCUUAUGAGGCUAAAGGAGAAUAAAGGCGUGGGUCGACUCCGGACCACUGUAGGCAUUGACGGAUCUCUCUACAAGAUGCACCCACACUAUGCCCGUCGUCUUCAUAAGACAGUUCGUCGUUUGGUCCCAGACACUGAUGUCCGAUUCCUCCUCUCAGAGAGUGGCAGUGGAAAGGGUGCCGCCAUGGUAACAGCUGUGGCCUACCGACUGGCUGAACAAUCACAACAAAUUCACCAGAUACUGUCAGAGUUUGACCUAUCAACUGAACAACUGCUGGAGGUGAAGAAGAGAAUGAGGAUGGAGAUCCAAAAUGGGUUGUCGAAGAAAACUCACAACUCAUCUUCUGUCAAAAUGUUGCCAACCUUUGUCCGAAGUACUCCUGAUGGCACAGAACAUGGAGACUUCCUGGCGCUGGAUUUAGGAGGAACCAACUUCAGAGUUCUAAUGGUGAAGAUUCGUUCAGGAAAGAGGAGAUCAGUGGAGAUGCACAACAAAAUCUACUCCAUUCCUCUAGAAGUGAUGCAGGGCACAGGAGAGGAGCUAUUUGACCAUAUUGUGCACUGUAUCAGUGACUUCUUGGACUACAUGGGGAUGAAGAAUGUUUGUCUUCCUCUGGGCUUCACCUUCUCCUUCCCCUGCAAACAGACUAACCUGGAUGCUGGUAUCCUACUGACAUGGACUAAAGGCUUCAAGGCAACGGACUGUGAAGGAGAAGAUGUUGUGGGCUUGCUGAGGGAGGCUAUAAAGAGGAGAGAGGAGUUUGACUUGGAUGUAGUUGCCAUUGUGAAUGAUACUGUUGGAACCAUGAUGACCUGUGCCUAUGAAGAACCCACCUGUGAGGUUGGACUAAUCGCCGGUACCGGCAGCAAUGCGUGUUACAUGGAGGAGAUGAGGAACAUUGAGGUGAUCGACUGCGAUGAGGGACGGAUGUGUGUCAACAUGGAGUGGGGAGCGUUUGGAGACAACGGGUGUCUUGACGAUAUGAGGACAGAGUAUGACUGUGUUGUGGAUGACCUCUCCCUCAAUCCAGGAAAACAAAGAUACGAGAAAAUGUGCAGUGGCAUGUAUCUUGGUGAAAUUGUACGGAACAUCCUGAUUGAUAUGACCAAGAGAGGUUUCUUAUUCAGAGGUCAGAUUUCUGAAACGCUAAAGACCAGAGGCAUCUUUGAAACAAAGUUCCUCUCACAUAUAGAAAGUGACAGAUUGGCUUUGCUGCAGGUCAGAUCCAUCUUGCAACACUUAGGCCUGGACAGCACCUGUGAUGACAGUAUUAUUGUCAAAGAGGUCUGUGGGGUGGUGUCACGUCGUGCAGCUCAGCUGUGUGGAGCAGGAAUGGCUGCUGUGGUUGAUAAGAUCAGAGAGAAUCGUGGACUGGACCAUCUGAAUAUCACCGUCGGGGUGGACGGGACACUGUACAAACUGCAUCCACAUUUCUCCCUGAUCAUGCACCAGACGGUCAAAGAGCUGGCGCCUAAGUGCACAGUCAACUUUCUGUUGUCAGAGGACGGCAGCGGGAAAGGAGCCGCUCUCAUCACAGCUGUGGGCUGCCGACUGCGGCAGGAGCUGGAACAAUAAAUAUUACUUAUCUGUGGCCCUCUGUUAACUCUCCCCUCUCCCCCUCUUGUCUUCCACCCAUUCUGCCCCAUUGUCCUCUUUCAUUGUGUAAAUCUCAGCAGCCAAUGUGUCCCGCACCACAAACUCAUGUUCGUGACACAGAUGGAGGAGAUUGGUGUCAUUGUUGAUUUACGUAACGCAGUCAGGCCCUCUUUUGUAGCCAGAAUGUGUUUCAUUAAUCACUUUAACAAUAACCUUUCCCUUCGAAAUGGAUUAUUUGUCAUGAUAAAACUGCUCUGACAAUGUUGGGAAGCAUAGAAAAGCUCACACGUGAACCCACGUGCUCAUCCUGCGCUGCUGUGAGCUAUUUACCUUCAUCAUUUGGAGGAUCCCUCAUAUGCCUGUCAUCUGUUACAGUACGCUUCAGCUGCAGAAAAAACAAACGAACUCUGAACUUUCCAGCGUUAGUUAGGUGCAGGGAUGUAAAACAUUAUUUCAGACCAAAGUCACCAAAGUGUGGAAGUCUGCUGCUGACUGUGACUGUCACUAAGAGAAAACGGGAUAUGAGGUAAUGUGAAACUGUCGUGAGAUGAAAGGGAAUAUUUUUGUUCGAAAUUCUUAAAAUAUCACCAAGAAAAAAAAUACACUGUUAAACGAUAAAAUUUUGCUAUUUAUUUUACUUUUGUAAGGGAAAUGGAAGCCAUGUUCUUGUCAAAUGUGUGGCCGUGGCUACGUUUAUCACAGCAGUUCCUGUUCCACUCCGCUAUAAAAUAUGUCCAAAGCAUGCUUAUAAUUUACUGAGGAGAAAUGGUGGUAUUGGUACUGAUCACUGUUGUAAACAAAUCUUUUGCACAUAUUGUAAGAUGGGCCAUUGUCUGAAAGGGGUCAUAUUGUGGAUUUUUUUUAAACCUAUAUCUGCAUUUUACAGACAAAUUUAGAUGAAAGGUUUCAUGUCAUACAUCCUGAAAGUGCCACUUUUUUGCUGCAUGUUGAACCUUGAAGUAAAAUUUCAGCUCUGAAAGGGUAAUAUUUAUAUUUUUCUGACACAUUGCCCACAUGUUUUGUGAGUGAGUUGGAAUGUUCAGUAGUAGUGAUGGCCAAAUGAAGCCUCAUGAAGCAUUUCUCUUUAUUUUUAGGGGGUUAGACUUGAUGGUUGUAUCUUUAAUAAAAAAAAAAGAAAAAAAAAGCUCAAAACAAACUGAAUUUCAGUGUAAUUUGAACCCUCUUACUAAAGUAAAAAGUAAAAGUAUUGGGUUCAGAAAAAAGAAGUGUCCUCAUGACCAUCACUAGUGUUCAGAUAUUCUGCUCUUUCUGUUUCCUCCACCUUUGUAGGGAGGACGUUACAUCAACACUGUAUAUUUGGCUUCUGACGGGUUGAAUUAACCAUAGUUGGUGUUAGCAUCUGCAGCCUAGUGUUAGCACAUGCUAUCAUGCUGACCACGAUUGACACUAACUUAACAUAUCUGGCCAUUCCCUGCUUUAAUGUUUCUCCCUGCGCUUCCCAGAAUGCACUGUGGCGCCAGCAGAGUUCCAGCAUUUCAAAGCCAUGUAAACAAUGACUAGCAAGGAUGUGGAUGCCGUCGAUUCAGCGUGUUCAUGAGCAAUUAUGAUGACACCUUCUCCCAAGUUGAGAAGGUUAGCUAGAGGAGGUGUAGCACCUGUGAUGAACUUCUGCUCUGCCCCCAUGUUGUCCAUACUUCACAAGGUGUGUUUACAUUGUGCCCUAAACUGGAACUCUGCUGAAACUGACCUCUCGCAUAAGUCACAGACUGUGAGGCGGCAUGAGAUUCACAACUGCGAAACAGUGAAAGCAAACUUUAGUUUGCAGUUAUAGCAUCAGUUGCAGUUAACAUGAGUGCCAGUGCUGACACUAAUCAGUAACUGUUGGCUCAUUAGUCAUGGCUGACUGUGGUUGGUCAUCUUUGUUACGGCUCAUCAGUACUUAAAUGCACCAGUUGACAGCUUUUGGUGGUGUGCUCCACAUUUUGGUCAUUCCUGGAGAAGUUAACAAAGACAGGCAUAUAAUGAGGUCAUUUCUUGUCAAAAAUAUUUAGAACAUAUCUCGUUUUAAGACACGUGACUUGGUGAAAGAGCGCAUAAUAUGACCCCUUUUAAGACGUGCUGGCUGCAUCGGUGUUUUAAAGAAAAUGUCAGCUGAAGUAUUUGGAAACAUCAACAAAAUAAGGAUGUGGUGCUAACAUAGACACAAGUGGAACAACUUGAUUCUGUGAGAACAAGAAAGCUUCUCUCUAUACUCCCCCUGUGUACUCCAGAUACUUCUUAAAGCUGCUGAAGAAAUUCAGUCAAGUGAACUAAUGUAUUACUCAUUCAAGAAGCACAUUUGAUGAAAAGUCACUUCUUUCCCAUCUUUAAUAAAAUAAAUUAACCAU